UUUUGGGUUGUGUGGGUUUCCGAGACGCUCUGAGCUGGGCCUCGCCCGCUGAGGUUCCGCAAAUCGCCGGCCCGUGGUUCGCGUCCGAGUGUCAGGUUGGAGCCGGGAAGCGUCCCUGGGGGUACCGGCGGCGGGGGCAGGAUGAGCGCGGAGGCGGCGGACCGGGAGGCAGCCACCUCCAGCCGGCCCUGCACCCCGCCGCAGACCUGCUGGUUCGAGUUCCUGCUAGAGGAGUCGCUGCUGGAGAAACAUCUGCGCAAGCCCUGCCCGGAUCCUGCACCAGUUCAACUUAUUGUUCAGUUUUUGGAACAGGCUUCCAAACCUUCAGUAAAUGAACAAAACCAGGUGCAGCCUCCACCUGAUAACAAGAGAAAUCGUAUUUUAAAGCUACUUGCUCUUAAAGUUGCUGCACAUCUGAAGUGGGACUUAGACAUAUUAGAGAAAAGAUGUGUACCUUUUGUUUCUUUAAGUUUGUCUGUUCCAGUAUUGAAUAUGCUGCUAAAUGAACUGCUGUGCAUCAGUAAAGUUCCUCCUGGGACAAAGCAUGUGGAUAUGGAUCUGGCCACUUUACCUCCGACCACUGCCAUGGCUAUCCUUCUCUACAAUAGAUGGGCAAUUAGGACAAUUGUUCAAAGCAGUUUUCCUGUCAAGCAGGCCAAACCUGGACCUCCUCAGUUAAGUGUCAUGAAUCAGAUGCAACAGGAGAAAGAACUAACAGAAAAUAUUUUGAAAGUACUAAAAGAGCAAGCUUCUGAUUCUAUUUUGGUACUAGAGGCAGCCCUUAAAUUAGACAAGGAUCUUUAUGUCCACACAAUGAGAACACUAGAUUUGUUGGCAAUGGAGCCAGGCAUGGUAAAUGGAGAAACUGAGAGUUCUACUGCUGGAUUGAAAAUCAGAACUGAGGAGAUGCAGUGCCAGGUGUGUUAUGAUUUGGGUGCAGCAUACUUCCAGCAAGGCUCUACAAAUGCAGCUGUUUAUGAAAAUGCCAGAGAAAAAUUUUUUAGAACCAAAGAACUAAUUACAGAGAUAGGUUCAUUAUCUCUUCAUUGUACCAUAGAUGAGAAGCGGUUAGCGGGCUAUUGUCAAGCGUGUGAUGUUCUUGUACCUUCUUCUGAUAGUACAUCUCAACAGUUGACACCAUAUAGUCAAGUCCAUAUUUGUUUGAGAUCUGGCAACUAUCAGGAUGUAGUAAAGAUUUUUAUUGAAGAUAACUUAACCUUCAGUUUACCUGUCCAGUUCCGGCAGUCAGUACUAAGGGAACUCUUUCAGAAAGCUCAACAGGGAAAUGAAGCUCUAGAUGAAAUCUGUUUUAAAGUCUGUGCCUGUAACACAGUCCGUGAUAUAUUGGAAGGUAGAACGAUUAGUGUUCAAUUUAACCAGCUAUUUCUUAGACCUAAUAAAGAGAAAAUAGACUUUCUUCUUGAGGUGUGUUCAAGAUCAAUAAAUUUAGAAAAAGCUUCAGAUUCUUUGAAAGGAAACAUGGCUGCUUUUCUAAAGAAUGUGUGUCUGGGGUUGGAAGAUCUGCAGUAUGUUUUCAUGAUUUCUUCACAUGAGCUUUUCAUUACAUUGUUGAAAGAUGAAGAACGAAAGCUACUUGUUGAUCAGAUGAGGAAGAGAUCCCCUAGAGUAAAUCUGUGCAUUAAACCUGUAACUUCAUUUUAUGAUAUCCCAGCCUCAGCAAGUGUCAACAUUGGCCAGUUGGAGCAUCAGCUGAUAUUGUCAGUGGAUCCUUGGAGGAUUCGACAGAUUUUAAUUGAAUUACAUGGUAUGACUUCAGAGCGCCAGUUCUGGACAGUGUCUAACAAGUGGGAAGUACCUUCUGUUUAUAGUGGGGUCAUCCUGGGAAUUAAAGACAAUUUAACAAGAGAUUUGGUUUACAUUCUGUUGGCCAAAGGUUUACACUGCAGUACUGUUAAGGACUUUUCCCACGCCAAACAGUUGUUUGCUGCUUGUUUGGAGUUGGUAACAGAGUUCUCGCCAAAACUCCGUCAGGUCAUGCUGAAUGAGAUGCUGCUUUUGGAUAUUCAUACGCAUGAAGCUGGAACAGGGCAAUCAGGAGAGAGACCUCCUUCUGAUCUUAUUAGUAGGGUGCGAGGAUAUCUGGAAAUGAGGCUUCCUGAUAUUCCUCUUCGUCAAGUUAUAGCUGAGGAAUGUGUUGCUUUUAUGUUAAACUGGAGGGAAAAUGAAUACCUUACACUGCAAGUUCCCGCAUUUCUGCUUCAGAGUAAUCCAUAUGUAAAGCUUGGACAGCUUUUAGCAGCUACAUGCAAAGAACUUCCAGGCCCUAAAGAAAGUAGACGGACUGCUAAAGACCUUUGGGAAGUUGUUGUUCAGAUCUGUAGUGUAUCCAGUCAACACAAACGAGGAAAUGAUGGCAGAGUUAGUUUAAUAAAGCAGAGGGAAUCUACAUUAGGUAUAAUGUAUCGGAGUGAACUACUUUCUUUUAUCAAAAAAUUACGGGAACCUUUGGUUUUGACUAUUAUUUUAUCACUCUUUGUGAAACUUCAUAAUGUUCGGGAGGACAUUGUGAACGAUAUUACAGCUGAACACAUCUCUAUUUGGCCAUCCUCCAUCCCGAACCUCCAGUCAGUGGACUUCGAAGCUGUGGCAAUCACAGUGAAAGAGCUAGUUCGGUAUGCCCUCAGUAUAAGUCCAAACAACCAUUCCUGGUUAAUUAUUCAGGCAGACAUUUAUUUUGCAACAAACCAGUAUUCGGCAGCUCUCCACUAUUACCUACAGGCAGGAGCCGUGUGUUCUGAUUUCUUCAAUAAGGCUGUGCCUCCUGAUGUUUAUACAGACCAGGUAAUAAAACGAAUGAUAAAAUGCUGUUCUUUGCUGAAUUGCCACACACAGGUGGCAAUUUUAUGUCAGUUCCUCAGAGAAAUUGACUACAAAACAGCCUUUAAAUCAUUGCAGGAACAAAACAGUCAUGAUGCUAUGGACUCCUACUAUGACUACAUAUGGGACGUUACCAUUUUGGAAUACUUGACCUAUCUUCAUCAUAAAAGAGGAGAAACUGAUAAAAGACAAAUUGCGAUCAAAGCCAUCGGUCAGACAGAAUUGAACGCAAGCAACCCAGAAGAAGUGUUACAGCUGGCAGCGCAGAGAAGGAAAAAAAAGUUUCUCCAAGCAAUGGCAAAACUUUACUUUUAAACAGUUAGUUAAAAAUUUUUAAUUUUUAUUUUUUAAACAAUGGGCUAAAAAUAAACAGUAUUAGAUUAUAUAAUACAUAUUUACACAUCUAGUGGUGUUUUCUUUUCAGACAAAAUACUGAAACAAUUUAAAAACAAAAA